AUGUCCUUCGGAUGGUCUGCCGGCGACAUUGUUUCUGGCAUCAGCACACUCGUAAAAGUCGGCAAGGCUCUUAAAGAGACCGGUGGCGCUUCUAGUAAGUACCAGGAAGCCUUAUCCUUUCUCACAAGCGUUGAAGCGACCUUGAGAGGUCUAGAGACGAUCGUUACGAGUAAUCCAGAUCUCAUCUUGAAUGAUGAGUUGGUGGAACAGGCACGUCUACUGAAGUCUGCUAUGGACGACUUCAGAAAGAAGGUUGACAAGUACGAUCUCUCUCUCGGCUCAGACUCCGAAAGACGUAAAGUCAGGAGAAUCCCAAGGGAAGUUCAAUUUGCGUUAUCAGAGAAGAUCAAGGAGCUCCGAACCGCAAUCACACAGCCUCAACUGGUUCUCGAUGUUUGCAUCAAUCUUCAAACGCUAUCAUCUAUUCUCGAGCUUUCGCAAUCGAACGCUCUAUCCCAAGACAGCAUUCGGACGUUGAUAACUAAGAUUUCCGACUCACUAGCGACGAUGAAACAAUCUGUAGAGAUGCAAUCAAUGCAAAGCACCGCUACAAACCAGGACCUUCGGCGAGGGCAGGAAAACAUUGCACAAUCUAUGCAGAAAUUUUCCACUUUAACGAAUAAUCGCUUGGAGAUACUUCUCCAGAAGGACAGUACGCCUCAAGUUCCAGGUGUCACGCCACUACAAGUUGCAACAAGUGCGGUCCAUAUUGUUGCCACUGGAAUUGCAAGCGCAAUGGCAAGCGCAAUGGGAACUUUAGCAGCCCUUCAUUUCUAUGCCCCGAAGUCCCAUCAGCAAUGCGAGGCACCGUCUUCAGACCUUGUAAGAUGUGCACCUAACUCGCCAGUGCCGGCCAGAUCUCCUUCCGACGAAAUGACCUGUAAAGAAGCGCUUGCUCGUGCCGCUAGAUGUUCAAGCUAUAAUUUGGAAGAAGUCCCGAGCGACAGGCAAUAUCGUGCUGGCGCUCCUCAGAAAACAAACCAGGUUGCUAAUCCGGGUUCCCAUAUGGAAAGUGACAGGGACAUCCACGAUCCACAGGCUGUUCCCUCCUCUGUUGUACAUUUUGGCUCUGAUCUCUUUAUUAAUGCACUUGAGCUACUUGCUACUACGCAGAUGCGCACCUUUGCAUUACAGGCGCAAGACCUAGGAGGAGUGGUCGACGAACCACACAAAUCAAAACACCAUUCGAAAAAGCUCCCCUCGAAACAGUCUUCCGCAAUAUCGUCUUCCACGAUAUUGUCUUCCCCGAGAUGCUCUUUCAUGAAACUGCCUCUCACGAAAUUGUCUUCCGCCAAAAUGUCUUCCGCACCCGAAGAGCAGGUUGAUGUUCGUCUAAAUCCUUCGCAUCGUCCAGGUACUCCAGAUACAGCUGAUGGAUACAUCGGUCUGCUCAUUUCGAAGGCUUCGUGUGAGCCACAGGCUAGCACCCAUGUUAUGUUAUAG